ACCUGGAGACAGACGCACGCGUACGUCGCUAACAAAGCAGUAAUAAAACUUAAUACACACACACACGUACUCACACACAUGUAGUCACGCACACAUUUUAGUCGAAAACUAGAAAGAAAACAAACAACAGUAACAGUAGGAAAAAAAGAGACACACUCAUACAAACUACAUACAAAGUGGCUGUUGGUAGUAGAAGAAGCAGCAACAGCAGCAAAGAAGGCGAAAAAGUGACUUGUUUUUUGUUUGCAUGUGUGCGCCGUCGCGACGUUGACGGUAACGUUAUAACGUUGAAGCCGCAGUCGAAGUCGAAGCCGAAGCCGACGUCGGCGUCGCUGUCCGCUUGUACGUGUUGGUAUUAAGAUCGCGUCGACGCGUCGUGGAAAGGCAAAAGACAAGCAAAGCAAAGCAAAGCUAACGUAACGUAACUCACUAAGUGCUAGUCAGUGUGACUAGCAAAAGAAGCACAAGUACAUAAAAGCUUUACAUAUACGUACACUCACACAUGCACUCUACACUCGCAUGUAUAGAUGUGUAAGCGUUGUGUAUGUGUGAGCAGUUAAAUUGUUAAACAAUCAGAAAAGAAAGUGCAAUAAAAAAUUGUGAAAAGCAGCGACAGUAAAAACAAUAAUAAUAAUCACAGUCAAAACCACAACAACAGGAACAACGAGUGCAAUGUGUUAAGAUCGCGUUGAGAUCAACAAACGUAGAAAACGUGCAAGGGAAGAAGGAGAGCUAAAGCAACAACAACCUGAUGCAGAGGCAUCUUAAUAACGGUAAAGAAAAAGAGAGCUUAAAGCGUUGGCGUCAUUGUUGGUGUAUUUCCAAUGGCUCAACAAUCAUAGAAUGCAUUGCUGCAAUGUGUUCCUAACCAAAUGAACUGCAUCGUAACUACUCGUACAACAUUAAUAAACAAUUGCUGCUAUUGAAAGCAAAUAGAAAGUUAAACAUCGAAAUCAAUCGAAUCUGAGACACAAAUCUAACAGUAGUUACAGAUAAGAAGACAUAAUGCAGGUACCAGAACACGUUGUCUCACUCUACAUUGCCACCUGUGGUCAAAAUGGACCCGGACUUGGCUCUGAUGAAAAGGAAAUCAUAUUACUGGUCUAUGUUCUCCUGGAAGUAACCACGGGACAGAUCAUUGGCACCAAACAAAUACUCGUGCGACCCGAUGGCUACUUCAUCAAGGAUCGCACCAUAUCCAGCUCCUCGGAUAACUCGAAUGUUACUAACAACACAGCAUGCUCACCCCCUUUGGCCAUUGGCUACGCUGGCGACAAUAGUUCUAGCAAUAACACCACCAAUAAUAACAACAACAAUUCAACGAACAGCAUCACAAAUUCUGCAAUCAGCGGGAACAGUUCCGGUUCCAGUAAUGGCCUCAGCCUGACCACAUUGGAGAACAGCAGCGAACUCAUUCUGCCCAUUGCCGAGGCACAGGCUGCUGGAAAGCCCUUAACCGAGGCAAUUGAGGAGUUUGAUGCUUAUCUACGCUCUCUCGCACUCGUAGAUACGGAGAUCAAGCUGAUCACCGAUGGGCAGCUGCCGCUUCGUCAGUGCCUUCAUCGGGAGGCCUGUGCCAAGGAUGUCGAGCUGCCUGCCUACUACAAUCAAUUCAGCGAUCUUCGCAAGGAGUUUCAGCGUUACAAGUCCGGUGAUCUGUCUCGUGCUCUUGUUCCCUUAAAGGACAUUAAAAAAAUGCUGCAAUCCCCUACACUCCCCUUACCACAGUCCAUAGGUGAAAUGCUAAAAGAGCUCAAUGCUACUUCUGUGGAAGAUAAUGACUUUUAUAUACGCGAAUCUCGCGAUAUGGUCACUGUGAUUCAAACAUUGCUUCAAGCGGGUCAUAAAUUUGAUGCAAAUGAACUCGUCAAUCUGGUACUGGAGCCUGGCAUUUGCUCAAUUGACGACGAGGUCGACGGCAAUUGCAUUGUGCGAGCCCGUGGGUUGCCCUGGCAGAGCAGUGAUCAGGACAUUGCCAAGUUCUUUCGGGGACUCAACGUAGCCAAAGGCGGCGUUGCAUUGUGUCUGUCGCCGCUGGGACGGCGCAACGGUGAGGCAUUGAUACGCUUUGUAUCGCAGGAGCAUCGCGACAUGGCUUUGAAGCGGCACAAACAUCACAUUGGCGCUCGCUACAUCGAGGUGUACCGCGCAUCGGGUGAGGACUUCCUUGCCAUCGCCGGUGGUGCAUCGAAUGAGGCGCAGGCCUUUCUCUCCAAGGGCGCUCAAGUGAUCAUUCGCAUGCGAGGAUUGCCCUAUGAUUGCACAGCCAAGCAAGUGCUGGAUUUCUUUACCACCGGUGAGUCGCCUUGUCAUGUCCUGGACGGCAACGAGGGAGUGCUGUUUGUCAAGAAGCCGGAUGGCCGAGCCACCGGAGAUGCCUUUGUGCUGUUCGCCAACGAAGCUGAUUCACCUAAGGCCCUAGGAAGGCAUCGGGAGUCGAUUGGACAGCGCUACAUUGAACUCUUCCGAUCGACGACGGCCGAGGUGCAGCAGGUGCUGAACAGAUCGAUGGACCCGAAGACCUACGAAUCGAACAAUCACAGCCAGCCGCCGCUGAUAGCACAGUUGCCCACCAUGCAGUUGCCGUUGCUGCCGCAGGUGGGUCCCGCCGCCGGUGGUCACGUCCUCAACCCGCUGUCAGCUAGUGCCAGCCACGCUAACCUGUGCCCAUCACUUACCCAUGCCCCACAGCAUCUCAUCACCUCCGGGACGACCAAGAACUGCAUUCGGCUGCGAGGUCUGCCCUACGAGGCGAUGGUCGAGCACAUUCUCCACUUCCUGGACGACUUUGCCAAGCACAUUAUCUACCAGGGCGUGCACAUGGUCAUCAAUGCUCAGGGCCAGCCCAGCGGGGAGGCCUUCAUCCAGAUGGACUCGGAGGAUUCGGCCAGAUUGUGCGCUCAGCGCAAGCACAAUCAGUACAUGGUCUUUGGCAAGAAGUUGCGCUACAUUGAGGUCUUCCAGUGCUCGGGCGAUGACAUGAAUCAUGUGCUCAAUGGCGGCCUCGCCUCUCCAGUGGCGCCCCCGCCACAUCCUGGCCACGCUCAUCUGGCUGCUGCUGCCGCCGCCGCUGCCGCAGCUGCUGCGGCGGGCAAGCAGCCAUCGCUGCUAUCUCCGGGUAUGUUAGCUCAACCGCCGCCGCCAUCCGCCGGCGCACAGGGACUUAGCUCUCACUCCCACACACACACACACUCACACGCACACUCACACACACACCCACACUCGCAUGCGCACGCACACACACACGCCGCGGCCGCUGCAGCCGUCGCUGCAGCAGCUCAUCACGCAUUGCAAACGUCAGCUGCCUCGAUGCUUGGCGGCAACUCGCACGCUCCGCCCACCGCCGGCACUCCAAGCGCUGGCUUGGCCGGCUUCAUGGUUGCUCCGCCCGCUGCCACCAUGUCCACGCACUCCUCGCUGGGUUCCCUGUCCAGCAGGAGUCUCGCUCCGUCCGCACCUGCGGCCUAUCCCUUCAAUCUCUCCAUGCCGUCCACGCCCAGCAGCCAGGCUGCUGCAGCAGCUGCUGCCGCCGCCGCUGCGGCUGCCACGAAUCCUGCGCUGUUGGCUCAGCAGCAAGCGCAGUUCAUUGCCCAGCAGAGUCUGAUGGCUCGCCAGCAGGCGGCUGCUGCGGCCGCGGAGCAGCAGCAACAGCAGCAGAUGUAUGCGAAUGCUGCCAUGUUGCAGCCCCAUCCGUUGUACAUGCAACAUCCAGGCGCUGCCGCUGCCGCAGCUGCUGCAAUGGGCGCUCAGCCGCAGUUUGUCCUCAUGCAUCGUCCCUAUCUGCAACCCUUUCAAUUGGGCUACAUGCCCGCAGCAACCGGUGGCUAUCAAUUCGCCGGUGCUGCCUCUGCUGCCACCUCACCGAGUGGUGCAGCCGCAACGGCGGCAGGUGGUAGCUCCAAUGCUGGCCUCGCGCUUCAAUCGCACAAUAUGAAGCGUUCCUAUGAGAAUGCCUUCCAGCAGGAUGCGGCAGGCGCCGCUGCUGCGGCCAGUGCCGCUAAACGGGCCUUGACCCGGGCACCCAACAGCGUCUAUUCAUAUUAUAAUCCGGGCAUUUAGUGCAUCAAUCGUGAUUGAUUCAUUUCACAUGCCACCUUAGACAUGAUUGAGGGAUUUAUUCCUUCAGAAUACUUGAGAAUUCAGUUUAGCAAGACUGAUUGAACAUGAUUGAAACUGCAAGAAACUCCAUUUAGUGCAUCAAUCAUGAUAGAUUCAUUUAACAUGCCAAAUUAGACAUGAUUGAGUGAUUGAUUUCCUUAGAAUAUUUGAGAAUUCAGUUUAGCAAUAUGAUUGAAACUCCAAAACUUUAUUAUUGAUUCUUUGCUGACACUUAUUGUAGCAUAUUUGAGAAUUCAGUUUAGCAAGACUGAUUGAACAUGAUUGAAGCUCCAGCACCUUAAGUGUAUUCGAAAACCUUACUAUAAUUCAGAUCGAUAAUGACUGUUUGAUCGAUCGAUAAAACUCCAAGGCUUCCUGCACAUUCCAAACUCAUUUCCAAAUGCAAAGAUUGAUUGAUUGUCUGAUUGAUAGCUUUGGCAAUGAGCCUCAAAGCAACGACAUUUGCAAUGCGCGAUGAGUGGCAAUAUACAUACAUAAAUAUAUACCCUAUAUAUAUUCCUUACUUAUACAUACCUUUUGCUCGCUCAUCUUGGAAAAUCCAUCCACACUCAUACAUACAUACAUACAUACCAGACACUCUUUAGAGCUUAAAAUUUGUUUUUAUCGUACACUUUUUAUAGUGAAAUUUUGUGUAGUUGUUUAAGUUUUUUUAAAACGAAAGUAAACGAAAAUUACUUUAAGCAUUUUGUCUAUGGUCUAGCAUUACUUAUACUCUGCACACAUGCAAACACUUACAUACAUAUGUUGCAUAGAUACACACUUACACACGCAGACACAACACUCAUAUACACACACACACACACACACAGACACCCACCUACAAUCGGGGCAAGCUAACUAAUAUCUUACAAAUUUUAUAUACAUCCUAUAAAUCUUCAGGGCAAUUCUUUUUAUCUACUUAACUAAGCUAUGUGUAUGUGAAUGUGCUUCUGUAUUAGUGUGUGUGUUCCUGUGAGUGUAUGUGGGUGUAGAAGGUGAGCGCGUGGGCGUGUGUGUGUCAGCGCAACAACAACAUUUAAUAUUCAAUAAAAAAGAAAACAACAACAACAACAGAGGCUAACGUCCUUCAAGCAGCGAGCAUUCAAGUGACCUGUGUGCGUGUGCCACGCCCCUUAAAGUGCAAUCUAUAAACUAAUAUUUAAGCAAUGGCAAGCACACGCACACACACUCACAUAUACAUUUUUCUGCUCACUCGCUGCUUGAACGGCGUCAGGUGUUGGCUCAAGCAAAAAAAAAAAAAUAAUAAAAAAAAAAUCAAUUAUAUAUAUCUGAAAUGUGCAACAGAUUCGACAAGACGAAAUCUUUUCAAAAUUAUUAUAUAAUGCGACAACUUAGACUUAGAAUAAUAAUAAUCAUAAUAUUAAUAAAAAUCGUAAUAAUAUUAAUAAUAAUAAUGGAAGAAAAUGACAAAAACAAAACCUAGUUCUAAGUCCGUACAACGUUGUAAAAUUGGUUGGCAUCAGUGUUAAUAAUUUACAUACUAUACAUAUCUCGUAAGCACUAGAAGUCUUUUCCUAUGUCUACCUGUUGCUAUUGGCAGCAGCUCGACGAGUGUUACGGUCUAACAACACACACACAUUUAUCUAUAUGUUAUCUUUAUCUAUACUUUUAAUCAUAUAUCUACCGCAUUGCUCACUUUUUUAUUGGGUUAAUUGUUGGAUCGUAAUGCUCGUCUGUUGCUAGCUGUUUAGCUUUAACACACUCCAUUCGAAAUUGAUAACGAUGUUCAUGAUAUUUGCAUAUCGUAAGAUGGGAAUAUCGUAAAUCGUGUAUCAAUCGCAUACAUGUAUCUGCUAUCUAUAAGUGUGCGUAAUUGGUGUUAGUCGCAAAAUUGGAAAUUAGACACUUUUCUAUAUUUGAUGAUAAUCGUCUAUCAACACGGAAUUUAUUUAUUGUGUAUUCUUUGUCAUCACUAAUUUUUAGUCUUUAAUCCAAAAAGUCUCUCUCUUUAUUUCUCUCCCACUCUCUCACAUUCUUUGUCCUAUAAUUUAUCAUUAUUAUUAAUAUACAAUAGAUUAUAGUCAUACAAAUAUGGAACACAAUCAAUUUGCUUAUUAUCUAUGUACGUUCGUGAUGUGGUUUUGGAUAUUUUUGGGUAAUUGCCAUAGAUUUACAACUAUAUAUGCAAACCGUUCGUCUCUGUCCUUGUAUUCAUUCUUAACUACUCGCGGACUAUUGAUAAGUAAACUAUAUUAAUCUAUUUGCUCCUUUAUAUGACAUCGACAAUAUCUUAAAUGCGACCUUAAUAAUAUUUCAAGAAUAUUAUUAUUAUUCUGCACAAAUUUAAAUUCUACUUUUCACCGCACCUUAAACUCCUUUUCUGCGUCUAACAGUCAGUUCUGCACUGCUUGCGGCAAUUCAAAAUAGAUUUCGAAAAACUAAGAUACAUUUCGAAGACACCAGAAAAGCAUGGGAAAGAUUUUCUUAGCUUAGCGUCUAAUAUAGUUGUUAGUUAACUUUUAGUGCUUAAACAAGAAUCGAGUGGUUUCCCAUGGGUCUUAUUUUUGGCAUAAAUGCAAUACACAUUGACA